CGAGCGGACCAGCGACUCAGCCCCUCGCAUUUGUUUUGAUACCCCAGAAUUUCUUUCAGUGACGCUCUUUUGCCAAUUGACCAGACUGAACUUUCAAAAUGGGUGGCCAAAAGACUGCUAUUCUGUCUGUAUACGACAAGACGGGUCUCCUUGACCUAGCCAAGGGCCUGCACGACAAUGGAGUCCGUCUGCUUGCCUCUGGCGGCACCGCGAAGAUGAUCCGCCAGGCAAACUUCCCCGUCGAAGAUGUCUCGGCCAUAACCCAGGCACCCGAGAUGCUCGGUGGCCGCGUCAAGACGCUCCACCCAGCUGUGCAUGGAGGAAUACUCGCCCGCAACCUCGAGUCAGAUGAGUCGGAUCUCUCCAAGAACAGCAUCGACAAGAUCGACUAUGUCAUCUGCAACCUAUACCCUUUCUCCGAGACAGUCGCACGCAUCAACGUUACCAUCCCGGAGGCCGUUGAGGAGAUUGACAUUGGUGGCGUGACUCUGCUACGGGCGGCUGCAAAGAACCACGCGCGCGUCACCAUCAUCAGCGACCCCAAGGACUACCAUGACUUCCUCACCGAGCUCAAGGACAACGGCGAGGUCACAGAGAAGAGCAGACAGCGGUACGCACUCAAGGCCUUUGAGCAGACUGCUGGCUAUGACAGCGCCAUCUCCGACUUCUUCCGCAAGAAGUAUGCCGGUGAGGGCGAGCAGCAACUGCCCCUUCGAUAUGGUGCGAACCCCCACCAGAAGCCUGCCACCGUCUACGCGCAGGAGUCACAAUUGCCCUUCAAGGUGCUGUGCGGCGCCCCGGGAUACAUCAACCUACUCGACGCGCUGAACGCGUGGCCUUUGGUGAAGGAGCUCAGCAAGGCGCUCAACUACCCCGCAGCUGCGAGCUUCAAGCACGUAUCGCCGGCCGGUGCCGCCAUCGGUGUGGAGCUCAGCGAGGAGGAGAGGAAGGUGUACAUGGUGGACGAUAUCGAGGGCAUCGAAAAGUCGCAACUGGCUCAGGCCUACGCCAGAGCACGAGGCGCCGACCGCAUGUCCAGCUUCGGAGACAUGAUCGCCCUGUCCCACGAGGUCGACGUGCCCACCGCAAAGAUCAUCAGCCGAGAAGUGUCCGACGGUGUCAUCGCACCCAAGUACAGCGACGAAGCUCUCGAGAUCCUCAAGAAGAAGAAGGGCGGAAAGUACCUCGUGCUCCAGAUGGACCCUGACUACGAGCCCGGCCCAAUCGAGACCAGGACAGUCUACGGUGUGAACCUCCAGCAGCACCGCAACGACGCAAAGAUCGUCCCCGCAGAGACAUUCAACACCGUCAUUGUGCCCAAGAACUCCAGCCCUCUCCCUGAGUCCGCAUUGAGGGAUCUGACUGUUGCUACCAUUGCGCUCAAGUACACGCAGUCGAACAGUGUGUGCUAUGCACUCAACGGCCAGGUCAUCGGUCUCGGUGCUGGUCAGCAAUCACGAAUCCACUGCACCCGUCUCGCCGGCGACAAAGCCGACAACUGGUGGAUGCGCUUCCACAGCCGCACGCUCAACCUCCAGUGGAAGAAGGGCACCAAGCGCCCCUCCAAGUCCAACGCUAUCGACCUCCUCUGCAGCGGCCUCAUCCCAGACUCUGGCAUCGAGCGCGACGACUUCGAGUCGUAUUUCGAGGAGGGCCAGGUGCCGCAGCCAUUUUCCGCUGAGGAGCGCAAGGAGUGGCUCUCCAAGCUCACCGGGGUCGCCGUCAGCUCAGACGCCUUCUUCCCCUUCAUCGACAACGUGUUCCGCGCCGCACGCAGCGGCGCCAAGUACAUUGCGGCGCCGACGGGUUCCCAAAACGACAGCGCGGUUAUGGAGACGGCGGAAAAGUCAGGGAUCACGUUUGUGGAGCAGCACAUUCGAUUGUUCCAUCACUAAAUAGGUGGAGAGUGUGGAGGUGGAGAGGGAUAUGUAACGACAUUACGGUGCAACGAACGAUCUGCGGCUUCAACCGCCGUUUGGUAACAUAGAUAGACAGAUAGCGGACAGGUAUUGGAGGAGAACCCCAAAAGCUAUUUUUUUUUCAGACCC